CUGUACAGCACUUUGAGAUAUCAGCUGAUCUAAGAAGGGCUAUAUUAAUAAAUUUGAUUUGAUUUGAAUAAGUUAAGUCUGAAUUAAUAUAGGAAAGGCGUGCGUAGGAAUGUCAUACAUUCCUAAAUCGGGAUCGGCCCCUUAAUCCCCUUAAUGACUAUAUGAAUGCCUUAAGCCCCUUAAUGACUAUGUGAAUGUUGUAACAGACUGCAGAGAACUUUGUUGAAUCUCCUCUGCCCCUCUAGAAUUAAACUGAAAUACAUGUACUGAAACAGAAACAUAUAUUCUACAAUAAAAUAUGUAUUUGAGUUAACCAAUGAACUAACUAACUACCCUAUUAAUGUAAUGACCAGAUCCACCUGUCCUUUUCAGCUUGUUAAUGGUUGAAGGGAAGGAGCUCCUCUUGGGUUAAUGAAACAAUGGAAGAUGGGGAGACAGAUUUUGGGAGAUUUUAGGACAAAUUCAUAUGGUUUUGCUAUAUUCAUUUAAUUGUUCUGUUGUUAGUUCUUUAAUCCCUGUUUCAGAUAAUUAUAUUGUUACAAUUCAGAGAAGCGAACAUCCUCUAAAUACACUUAUUUCCUUAUAAUAUUACCUUGACACUCCCUCCCACAGUAGCCUCGACCAAUUAGAAAACAAUAUCGGACUUCUCUUGUGACUAAAGGUGUUCCAUGUCAUGCUCCUUCCAUGUAGAGCUGAUGGAAUGUUCAGCAGGUAUAAAUGCAGGAGUUCUAAGAGGAAGCAGUAGACUAGAAGGACCUGGCAGAGACAGAGAGAUGAGAAGCUCUUACAGGUUUUCACACACAUCUCAAGAUAGCACUGUGGGUAUGUACACAACUAGCUCAAUAGAAACCUUGCACUUGUAUUUAACUCAUGAUACUGGUGUGGGUAAUGUUACGAUAAUACUCAUCAUCUCUUGGUACUUGGGCACAAACACCUUGGCCCUAUGAACUAAACAUUUUUAUUCAAUGAUCUGAUAUUAUUUUUAAUUUGACAUUAGCUUAGCACUGCAAGAGAAGGUUAACAUUUUUAAAGGUGUUUUAUAACAUUUCAUGUUCAAGAAUGGUUUGUUUGUAAAGUCACAUUUCACCAUUUUAAGUUUUUAAAAUUGUAUUCCCCCCCAUCCUAUGAACUAUUAUAAAAAACUGUUUACAAAUAUUUCAAGUUUUACCAUUUAAAGUGAAAUGAAGUGCGAGAACAAGUGAGUGAAAUUAAAGGUCAUAAUUAUUGAUGCCUCCCUUUUGCAGAAUGUUCUCAAUCCUGUUUGUCGGAGUGUUCUUGGCCAGCUGUUUGGCAAUGCCCAUAAAAGAACAGUACUCGUAUUCCCCUGCGGUGGGUCUGGGCAGUGGCACCCCGUUUGCUUCCUCCGGUGAGGGACGCAUCACAGCGGUCAGAGUAUGGGAGAACAACAACGCCUACAUCAACGGGUUCCAGCUGAGAUAUGACUACACCUGGUCUUCAGUGUUUGGUCGCGAAGUGGGUGAAAAACAAGAGAUGGAGCUGUUGGAUGAUGAGGCCAUCGUCCAGGUGUCUGGGAAGUACAACCCAGGAAGCUACAUCUACUACCUGGUGUUCACCACCAACAGGGGGCGCUCUCUGUCGGCCGGCCAGCCCUCCCAUAUCUCCUUCAACUUCUACCCAGCCCAUGUGGGCAGUGAGCUGAGGCUGCUCAGCGGCCGUUCCGACGGUGCUGGCAUCACCUCCAUCGGAGCCCACUGGGGAUUGAUGUACAUGGAAGAGGCUGGAAGCAGUACCUCCUCUUAAUUGAAAAAAAAAGUAUGUCUUGCUCUUUGGGAUGAUAUCCCAGAUACAGAUUAAGCCUAGUCCUGGACUAGUUACUUUCAAUAGAGAUUCUCCAUUCAACAAGCUUUUUAGUCCAGGAGUAAACUUAAUCUGGGUCCAGGAAACUGACCCUUUAUGUUUUGGACGGAUGUUUAAACAUUGACACAGACUGGACUGUUUCGGUAUAUUAAAUUAAUUAAUUUAAGCUUUUGAAGCUGAAUGAAUUUGAAUGUUUAGAAUACUAUUUUGUAUUUUCUAAAUGUGCACACUGUCCUUUGUGAAGUUACCCCAAUGAAGGAGUAGGGUCACAUAAGGGUCAAAUGCAUUAUUGGAGGUUGUAUUUACCACAACAAAUGAAAAGAUGAGUAUGUAUGAGUUUAUCAGAAUAAAUGUACUAUACAAUAGUUCAGCAUGUUAUCUUAGUCUUAUAUUGCAAACUAAUGCUUUGUAAGGGAAGCUUCCCACUGGGCACAAACGUCAAUUGAACAUCUAUUCCAUAUUGGUUCAAUGUCAUUUCCUUGAAAUUACUUGAAAAUAACGUUGAUUCCACCAGUGUGUGUACUCAGUUGGUAGACACAGAGAUACAUGCAUAUUCUUCCCAAACUCAAAUGAAUUGCACAACAACUAAAUAGACAAAGGCUAUUAAUACAGCAAUUAUGAUUUUUUGACCCUUUAUUUAUCUUAUAUUUUUAGUUCAUCAAUAUGGUCCUACAUAAUAUAUUUGUGUUAAUUGAACUAACAAAUAUUAUGGAUAGGUAGCAACAAGUGCCUCGGGGUAUUUCACUUUGUUGUGUAUACAAACUUUUAUUUUCUCACUUUGUAGCUCCUACUGAUUUUAAUUUGGUUUAUCUGCAGAAAAUGAAAUUACAAUGAUAUAUUUAAGAAUCUACUGCAUUUCUCUGUCUUCAACAUCAUUGGAAAUCUUUAGAGGAAACUUCUCUGGUACAGUAUAUGUGUUGGGCUAAACCUACAAUCAGAUUGUUUUCCUGUAGUAACAUGUACAGGUUGUCAGUGAUUUAAUGAUGAUGUGAGUAUUGUAACAGACUGCAGAAACCUUCGGAUAAUUUGAGAAUCUUAUCUAACCCUCUAGAAUUAAACUGAAAUACAUGUACUGAAACAAAUCUUUACAAUAA